ACUCAGGACAGGAAAGUGGCUUCUCUCCCGUGUGAGAUUUCUGAUGGCUAUAAAGAUGAGACUUCUGUGAAAAACAUUUCCCGCACUCAGAACAGGAAUACGGCUUCUCCCCUCUGUGAGAUCUCUGAUGUCUGUAAAGGUGUGAAGUUCGUGAAAAACAUUUCCCACACUCAGCACAGGAAUACGGCCUCUCCCCCGUGUGAGAUCUCUGAUGUGUAUCAAGAUGGGACUUCCGUAAAAAACAUUUCCCGCACUCAGGACAGGAGUAUAACUUCUCCCCUGUGUGAGAUCGCUGAUGUCUGUGCAGAUUGGACUUCCGUGAAAAACAUUUCCCACACUCAGAACAGGAAUACGGCUUCUCCCCCGUGUGAGAUCUCUGAUGUGUGUAAAGAGUGGAUGUCUAGUCAAAACUUUUCCCACAUUCAGGACAGGAAAGUUUCUCCUCUCCCCCCCUGAAUUCCAGCCCCAUCCCUCCCAGUAGGAGGUUGCUCAGGGUCAGAGGGAUUUGAUGGUCCAUCCACACUGUGAAGUCCACCAUCCAUAGCUGAGCUCAUUGUCUUUUCUCCGGCACAACCUCUUGUGAUGUCCUCAUCUUCCAUUUUACAAACCGGAGAUAAAGUGAGAUGAUCCUUUGAGGGUUUCUCCAUGGCGUGUCCUGGA